AGUGUGUGUGCGUCCCUCGAGCUACGCGCAGACCUACCCAGUAAAUACGAGGCUUCCGUUCCCUGUGCGUGCCGAGUGUCGAAACAGUGCGUAGUUAAAGGAAGUGGUAGACUUUUGUCUUCUUGACAUCCCGUGGUCACCGGCGUGUUCCAUCAUGCCGUUGAGUAUUGGGGUUAACCUAAGAGUGACCGGACAUUGUAAUCAGGGCGGUCGUAAGUACAUGGAGGACAUGUUCAGCGUGGCCUUUCAAUCGACACCGGAUGACAAAGAUCUGGAAUAUGCCUUCUUCGGGAUAUUCGACGGCCACGGCGGCGGCGAAGCUGCCACAUUUGCAAAGGAACACUUGAUGAACGUUAUCGUCAAGCAGAAGAACUUUUGGAGCGAUCGGGACGAGGAUGUGUUGCGAGCCAUCAAAGACGGAUACGUGAACACGCACUAUGCGAUGUGGCGGGAGCUUGACAAGUGGCCGAGAACCGCAUCGGGAUUACCAUCUACGGCCGGGACCACGGCUAGUAUAGCCUUCAUUCGUAAAGGUAAAAUUUACCUGGGUCAUGUAGGAGAUUCUGGCAUAAUAUUGGGAUACCAAGCAGACGGUGAUCCUCAAUGGCGUGCAGAAGCUUUGACCAAAGACCAUAAGCCGGAAAGUGGGCCAGAAAUGAUAAGGAUACGUGAGUCUGGUGGUAAAGUUGUUAGUAAGUCUGGGGUCCCAAGAGUUGUUUGGAACAGACCUCGUAUUGGGCACAAAGGACCUGUUCGAAGGUCAACUCAUAUAGAUGAAAUUCCAUUUCUUGCUGUUGCUAGAUCCUUAGGUGAUCUUUGGAGUUAUAACUCAGAAUUGAACACAUUUGUUGUGUCUCCAGAACCAGAUGUUAAAGUAGUUGCGAUUGAUGUGGAAUCACAUCGUUGCCUUAUUUUUGGAACAGAUGGUUUGUGGAAUAUGUUGACACCCCAAGCUGCAGUGGCUAUUGUCCAAGCUGCAGAUAGACAUAAUGAGAAACAUCUAAUUGCUUCUCAACAAACAUGCAAUGGGCAAGCUGAUAAUGUUCAACUGUGGAUAAAUCCUUCGAAAAGUCUAGUAGAUAGAGCUUUGGAAAAGUGGUCAUUAAAGAGGCUACGAGCAGAUAAUACAAGCGUGGUUACAUUAAUGUUAGAUCCACCAGGUCCAUCUCGUAGUGAGAUUAUAUUGAGCCAGAAAGAGUGUGUUGUGACACAUCGUACUAUGCACACACCUACAGCUACGCUUGCAGAAGCUCCAACAAGACAUAUCUGUAAUCAAGUCUCUCCAAGCAUACCAAGGCCUUCUCCUAUAAUAAAUCAUUAUGUUGAUCUUAAUCGGUCUAUACCAGCUUUUUCAGAUGAGAUUGAGGGGAAUCGAAAGGAAUCAUAUGUGGAUAAUAUAUGUACACCUCUAGAAAAAAUUGAAGAAAAUCAAUAUCAAAAAGAUGAAAAGCAUGCAGAUAUCUCAGAAAAUUUGGUCGAUGGAAAUAUUCAACCUGUAGAAUUAUCAUCCAAUGAAAUAUUAAAGAACAGUAUAGAAGUAAAUAGUCUUGAAUUUGAGGCAGAAGUAGAAAAGACCAAGACCAUUGAGGAACAACCAACAAGGACAACUGAAGAUAAUACACUAAAUGAGCAGAAAAAUUCGAGGUCAUCUCGGCAAUCACCUGAGAUAGAAAUGAAAAACGAUCCUGACGUUUCAAAUGUGAUACACCAAAGUGCAUUUUCUAGUGAAUGUAAUGGUACACAUUCUUCCACAGUCGUUACUAGUACCACAGAAAGCAAUGAAGUAGUUUUAGCGAGUACUAGCUGUAAUGAGAACGAAGUAAAAGCUAACAUAUUAAAUGGAUCUCAUCACAGACAGACAACAUUAUUCUCAACUUCAAGAAGAGAUGUUCGAAGCACGAGAAGGCCCAGCUUAACUGCACAUCCGCGAAAUACUUUGGGGGAUGCUAGUUCGUUGGAAACAAAAACAUAUGUAAAUUCUAGACUUAAAUCGCGUAGUACAAAAGUGUCGGUAUCGGGGAACACGGUGGAGGAAGGUGUGAGAAAUUCGACGAGCAAAACGAGCGGUAGUGCUGUUGCUACUAAACGAAGACACAGUGCAAUAUCACAGAGUGUAGUUAACACGAUUGAGGAGUCAUGUAUAUUACAAGAACCAUGCGUUAAAAGGAGGACGCGCUCGGAGGAUCGUCCGAACCCGGUCGACGAGAAUGAUCCAGCUAAUCAAGCCACAAAGGACGCGAGUAGUAGUAUGAACUGGUCUAGCACGGAUUCCAAUAUUGCUCGUUCUACGGCUGUUGCUACCACUGUACCUGUACAGGAAAGGCUGCCGUCGCUAAAUAGCUUCCAAAGAAAUUUGGAGAAAAAAGCUACGCCAGUGAAAGCUAUCAGAAGGCCGUCUAUCAAAGGUCUGUUGAAACAAUUGUGGGCCGCUAGUCUCAGCGCAAGAGAGUGGGAUCAGGGAAGAAGUAAUCGAUCGAAUAAUUGUAACGAACGGAGGAUAAAGCGAACUGUGUCUAUUAUAGGUUCUUCAGAUAACACGACUGUUCCGCAACGUUGGCUCAGGUCGGAUACUAUCGCAGCGACACCUGUAAAAACACUACGUUCACGUAAUGUAGACAUAACUGGUCACACGAUAUCUCCACAAUUAGUACAUCAGUACGGAAUAGUAAAGCAAAGUCGGCUCUCUUUACCGUGUAAAUUGAAGCAUUCUAGUAAUAAUGGAUUUCUACAGUCAAGUAGAGUAAGGUCUUCCUCCUUGUCGUCCAGUAUAAAGCAAACUAGCAGUAAUACUGGGAACGGAGCUUGCUCUACGAUUAGUUCUACGAACACCGGAUGUAACUCUAGUUCUGGAAUGGCUAAGAGAGUCAAAUCACCCUAUAAUCCAAGUGCUAGGUCAUUAAGCACGCGAUCUCGCAUUAAACGCCUUGGAAAAUGAGAUUACAAAACCAGUUGGAACCCAGUAUUACCAACAAUUGGAACAAGAAAUUACUAUUUUAACAUAAGUAAAGUUAGACCUUUUACAAUGUAAUGUAUAACGAAUAUUAAAAUAUUAGAGAGAUUGUACAAUACAUUGUAGAUGAUUUUGUAAAGGACAAUUUGUAAAAACUUGAAUUUGUUGCAUGAAUAACUCUUAAGACCUGUUGCAUACUAGAUCGAAAAGCAUAGUUUUAAAACAGGUUCUGUAAAAAAAUUCUUUUUAAAUAAUUUCCAACUUUUUGAAACCAAUAAGACAGCGUAUCUCAUUAAUUGUCAGCUUAAUAUUAAAUGAUUCCUUUCUUAAUUCUAUGCUUUCUAAUGUUUGACUAGCUUGUUAAAAUGUUAAUUAUAGAGUUUAAGGAAGCUUGAAACAGAAAAAGAUAAAGAAGACGAACAUGUCUAUAAAAUGUGUGAGUAUGAGAGUAAAAGAAGUAAAGGAUAACUGUAAGUACAGAGUGCGUAUGUGAUUUGUAGAAAUUAUUUUGAAUGAUUCCUUUAAAUGUUCCAGUGUUUUACGUGGGAGCGACUUUCAAAGAGGAUUAACAAGUCAUUAAAGAGAAAAUGUGAUUUGCUUACAGUAAGAUUAAAAAAAAAAAAAAAAAAAAAA